AUGCAUCAACUCUCCGAGCAAAAUCAUCAGUGCCAUCAACCUUCGGAGAGAAAACCCAUCUCCGAGGAAACCUACACUAAAUUACUGAAGGAAAUCGAAAGUGUGAUGAGUGAUGAAAGUAAUUUAAUUGCAAAUCUUGCAAAUUGUGCUUCAUUGUUUUAUAAUACAUUUCUGGAAAAUGGUCAUCCAAUUAAUUGGUUUGGUUUUUAUUUGAUUGAUGUGAAAACAAAUGAUAAACCAAUCAGAGAACUUGUUUUAGGACCUUUUCAUGGUAAAUUAGCUUGUACAAGAAUUAGAUUUGGAAAGGGAGUGUGUGGAGCUUGUAUUACAAAAGAGGAAAUUAUUGUGGUGCCAAAUGUUCAUGAAUUUUCUGGACAUAUUGCAUGUGACAGUGCUUCUAAUUCAGAAAUUUGUGUACCAUUGUUUAAUUCUCAAAAUGGACAGGUAUUUGGUUUGAUUGAUGUUGAUUCUACUGCUUUGGAACAAUUUAGUUUGGAAAUUGAUGGAAAAUACUUGAAGGAGUUGGCAAAUCUCAUUACGAAAUAUUCUGAUUUGAUUUAA